AUGGGGAAGGCAAUCUUCUACGAGGAUAAGAACUUCUCUGGGCGCCAUUUUGAGUGCAGCCAUGACUGUCCCGACCUGAGGUGCUUCCUCAUCCACUGUAACUCCAUCCGGGUGGAGAGCGGCAGCUUCAUGAUCUACGAGAAACCCGGCUUUGAUGGAAACCAGUACUUCCUGAAGAGAGGGGAGUAUCCUGACUUCCACGACUGGACCGGCAUCAACGACUUCGUCUGCUCCUGUCGCCUCAUCUGCACGAACCAGCAACACGGCUUGUUCAACGUGCGUCUGUAUCAGCGGAUCGAGUUCGGGGGUCAGAUGAUGGACCUGAUGGACGACUGUCCCAGCGUCAUGGACCGCUUCCACAUUAACGACAUCUUUUCCUGCAACGUCACCGAGGGUAACUGGCUCUUCUACGAACACCCAAACUACAGCGGCAGGAUGUACCUGAUCAGACCCGGAGAGUACCAGAGGUUCAGUGCGUGGGGCGGCAGGACCGCCAGGGUCGGCUCCAUCAGACGCGUCAUGGACUAUUGA